GAUAUUUAUUCUGUUGUUGUGCUUCAUUAGAACUAAACUAAAUGAGUCGAUUAUAUGACAAUUAUGAACCAACAGUGAUUGAUAAACAGUUACUAAAUGAUGCUGUAUUUUCAUUAUUGCAAAAAGGAACUGUGAGCGAACUUGCUAAACAAGAUGGAAUCCAUUUUGAAAAUGUUACACACCUGAGAUUGGAUUAUAAAAACAUUUUAAAAAUCGAUAACUUGUGGGCAUUUAAGUUACUUGUUAAGUUGCAGCUUGAUAAUAACAUCAUAGAACGAAUUGAAGGUAUCGGUCAUUUAACUCACCUACGUUGGCUUGGUAAGAAUGUAAUUCGAUGGUGAAAUGUAAAUACUACUUUUAUAAUCACUUAGAUUUAUCAUUUAAUAAUAUUGAAAAAAUUGACGGCUUACAAAAUCUGGUAAAUUUAGAAGAUUUAACAUUGUACAAUAACCGAAUUACCACAUUAGAAAAUAUGGAAAAUUUGAAAAAGUUACAAGUGUUUUCAAUUGGUAACAACUAUAUUACUGAAUUGUCUAAUAUAAAAUAUUUACGCCAGUUUCGCCAUUUACAAUCAGUAUGUUUACAUGGUAAUCCAAUUAGUAAAAACGAUGACUACAAGUUGUAUAUUCAUGCUAUGCUACCCAAUCUAUUUUAUUUAGAUUAUCAAAGAACCGACGAUAAACUUAAAUCUACAGGUUAUGAAAAAUAUCAACUAGAAAUUGAUGAGAUUAUAAGUGAAGAAGAGACUCAAUUGAAAUUGAAUAAAGAACUUGCUGAAAAUCAAGCUAAAAUAGAACUAUAUAAACAAGCAUUUAUUGAUGGCAUAGUUGAUGAAAAUAUUUUUCAAAAAUUAUUCACUGAUGAUCCUGAUGGCAGAGAAUUAUUGGUAGUUCCUGAAUUGUACAACAGUAUUGAAUUCUUUUCAGAAAAAUUUACACAUCAAUGUAAAUUAGUAUUUGAACUUGGUAUAAAAGAACAUGAUAAACGUAAUAAAGAAAUAGAAUCAUUUCGAAAUUGUAUUGAACAAGCGAAAAUGGCAAAUGCUGAAUUAAGUAAAAAAAAAAUAAAUGAAUUUAAAUUAUAUCAGGAUAAAAUAUUUAGAGAACUUUUAGAGAAUACUGAUUUGAUUAAAGUCGAAGAUGAUAUUUUAGAUUAUAAUGAGAAGGUGCAACAAUUAUGGAAUGAAUUAAUGAGAAAUGAAUCAAUUUUAGUUGAACAAAUUGAUGAAUUAAUUAAUGAAUUUGAAUUAAACUUAAAUGAUAUGAUUAGUACAUUUCUUGAAAAUGUUGAAGAACAUUUCACGGAAUGUCGCGAACUACAAACUCAGUAUCAUGAAAGGUUGACAGAUCUAUGCCCAGGUAUUUUAGAACGAUUUAUGCGUAGUGACUUCCAAAGCGAACCAUCAGAUGCUCUUUUAGCCAUUUUUAUUGAUAAAGAAAGUGUAACGAAUGCAUUAACAGCCAGUAACGAUGCUCAUUUACUUAAAAUUGAUGAAUUCGCGGAUGAAAUUAAUGAAAAAGCGAAAAAAUGGAUUAAGGAAACAAUUACUUCCAUAUAUUCCGGUGAAAAAUAUGAUCGAAACAGAGCAAGAGUAAUGGAAAUAAAUCAUUUUAUAGAUGCAUUAAGAAAUGACGUUGAAAAUUUAGAUAUACCUGCAUUAGGUGAAUCUUGAAUAUGCAUAUGAUAUUCUUUGGGUAACUAUCUGGUAGUUUUGUCAUAAUAUAUAAAUUUAACUGUACUUAUUUAAAAUUAAUCUUGUUUUGAUUGGACAGACUGAAUAAUCAAUUCACUAUUCAUUGAAUGAUAAGUAUUUAAACUAUUUAUAAAUAAAUACAGGCUGCUUCAUUUGUCAUUUACUAAUUACUUAUUGUUCUCAGUUGCUGCGAAACUGUAUAGUCCUCUGACCGCCUUAAGCAGAAAUGCAAUGUUUUGAAGAAGAUUCUUUGCCUCGAAGCCCAAAAUAUUGCUUCAAAACUGAUUUUACUUCAACACUUAUCGACCACCUAACGUUUCUUGCAAUUCUCAACUUUGGUAGGUUGGUGUCUGAUGAAAUAUUCGGUAGAAUUCAUGAAGCUCAGUUAACCUUUGCCAACUUGUAUUGUAGUGAACAGGAAACGGGUGCGGACAGAGCAUCUCAAUAAAAUCUGAGAACCAUAU